UCAUCUUCUCCAAUUCACCUCAAACCAAACCUCCAACAACCUCCCAUGGUAGUUUGGAACAAAAGAAUUUUCAACAAAUUAUAAUUCGACCAAUAUGUCGUACUCGCUAUCCAGAGCAGAAUCGAUCAUGGAAGACGGCAACCGGCGGCAUAACACGGUGGCUGACGGCGGUGCCGGCAACCGUCGCCGGAGGUCCGAUCACGUGGACGAAUUUUCCGGCGAAGGUUGUGGUGAUCCGGAGACAUGGAAUGCUUUCGCCGACAGUUUUAGUCGGGUGCAGACGGUGCUUGAUCGGAAUCGGAUGUUGAUCCAGCAAGCUAAUGAGAACCACCAGUCGAGGAUGCCGGAUAAUAUGGAGAAGAAUGUGGCGAUUAUUCAGGAGUUGAAUGGGAAUAUCUCGAAGGUGGCGUCGAUUUAUUCCGAUUUGUCGACGAAUUUUUCCGGUAGGGUGAGGCAGCACCGGCAAGGUGGUGUAGAGAAGGGGAGUGGUAAUGGAAGGAGGAAUGUUGAGUGAAGGAAAAAAAGGAGUUGUGUGUUGUUGUAAUAAGAUGUUAGUGGUAAUGAUACUAAUUGGUAAUUGCUAAUUAGUCUCUUAAUGGAAUAAUAGGGUUAGAAAAUAAGGAGCUAAAAAGGGGAUUUUGAUCUUCUGUUUAAUGUACUAAUAGCAAAUUGUGCUAUGUGAUUAUGUGAAUUGUGAUGUGAUGUGGUGUAAGAAUGAUCAUUGAUUGGUAAUGAAUUGGCUAGGGUUUUAUUUA